CGUGGCUUGCGCCAUGUGUCACUUCCAUAAUUGUCUGCGGAUGGUGUUUUCUCGUGCCAGCCAUACAUCACACAUAAUACGUGUCCCGGAGAUAAAAUUAGGCGCAAGGUGUGCACGACUGGAUGCACCGCGCUUUCAGUCCACAUCCAGACGCAGCAGAGGACGCGCCUCAGCAAAGAUGGAAGAGUUACCUCCAGAACAAAUCGCAGUGCUGAAGAAGGCCUUCGACGUGUUCGACCACCAGAAGACGGGCUCCAUCGGCACGGACAUGGUGCGCACCAUCCUGGAGAUGUUGGGGCUGCGCCUCAACGAGAAGCAGCUGCAGGAGAUCAUCGAGGAGGUGGACGCUGACGGCUCUGGGCAGCUGGAGUUCGACGAGUUCGUGCAGCUGGCGGCCAGGUUCCUGGUGGAGGAGGACGCGGAGGCGAUGCAGCAAGAGCUCCGGGAGGCGUUCAGGCUCUACGACAAGGAGGGCAACGGGUACAUAACGACGCAGACCCUGCGGGAGAUCCUGCGGGAGCUGGACGACAAGAUCACCGAGGAGGAGCUCGACAUGAUGAUCGAGGAGAUCGACUCGGACGGCUCCGGGACCGUCGACUUCGACGAGUUCAUGGAGGUAAUGACGGGUGGCGAUGACUAGAGAAGGCGGUCUCCUCGAACACAGGAUCUUCGAUGCUGGCUCUUCCCCAGAAGACAACAUCAACCACUGCAAGUCCUCUGUUGGCCUGUCUGUGUACAUCAACAAAAAAAUCGUUAAUAAAUGUUCACAGGAACAAGCA